UGAGGAAACUCUGAAAGACAGGUGCCAUUUUUAAAUUAAUAUUGUAGCUGAGUGUGAAGGAAAAGUGUAGGACAGAAGGAAAAAACAUAGGAAGAAACCUAGAGAACAGAGUGUUCCAAGAGUCGACAUAUUGUGGAAGCCGCCCCUUUAAAGCAGAAGGUACAGUUCUGUUGACACUGAAGACUCCUCAGUGUGUGUGUGUGUGUGCGUGUGCUGGAAAUUGCUGACGGCUCAAAUGGAUCGCAUGGAAUUGCAAAAAGUCAACAGAGAACUUGAUGAGGAGAGCAACAGUGGCGAAAGCACUGAAGACAACUACACCGAUAUGGUAGAUCCAGAGAAGACUACUAUUAGCAGUCAGUUUGUUGGUGAUGAUACAGAAAGUCAGAAGUUCCUUACCAAUGGAUUUCUGGGUAAAAAGAAAUUGGAAGAUUACACGGAUGAAUAUCAUCCAGGAAAUACUUCAUUUGGGAUAUCAGCAUUUAACCUGAGCAACGCCAUCAUGGGCAGUGGAAUCUUAGGGUUGUCCUAUGCCAUGGCCAACACUGGAAUAGUACUUUUUGUAAUUUUACUGCUCAGUGUAGCCAUAAUGUCUCUCUAUUCGGUGCACCUAUUACUGAAGACGGCCAAAGAAGGAGGCUCACUAAUAUAUGAAAAAUUAGGUGAAAAGGCAUUUGGAUGGCCUGGAAAAAUUGGUGCUUUCAUUUCACUGACAAUGCAGAACAUUGGAGCAAUGUCAAGCUACCUCUUUAUUAUUAAGUACGAACUUCCAGAAGUAAUCAGAGCAUUUCUAGGGCUUGAAGAGAAUUCUGGGGAAUGGUAUCUAAAUGGUAGCUACCUCGUGAUAUUGGUGAGCAUUGGAGUUAUUCUUCCACUCUCACUUCUAAAGAAUUUAGGUUAUCUUGGUUAUACCAGUGGAUUUUCACUUACUUGCAUGGUAUUCUUUCUGAGUGUGGUGAUCUACAAGAAAUCCCAGAUACCCUGUCCUCUCCCAAACUUGGAUAAUGAUGUUGGCAAUUGGUCUUACAACGGCACCACAGUUCCAUUACAUGUAGUGAUGUUACCAAAUGACUCUGCUAAUUCAGGACUAAACUUUAUGAUGGACAGCACCCACAAGCAGUAUUCUUCAGGUUUUGAAGAAACCAAAGAUAAGCUACAUCAAAGUGGGGUGGAAUAUGAAGCCCAUGGGGAAGACGACGACAAAUGCCAACCCAAGUAUUUUGUGUUUAACUCACGGACUGCCUAUACAAUCCCGAUCCUGGCAUUUGCGUUUGUGUGCCACCCUGAAGUGCUGCCCAUAUACAGUGAACUUAAAAACCGAUCUCGCAAACGGAUGCAAAACGUUUCCAAUGUCUCCAUCACUGGGAUGCUGGUCAUGUAUCUCCUUGCUGCCCUGUUUGGUUAUCUUACUUUCUAUGGAGAAGUUGAAGAUGAGCUGCUUCAUACAUACACCAAAGCAUACAGUUUUGACACUUUUGAUACUUUGCUUUUGAUGGUUCGCCUUGCAGUACUUGUAGCUGUGACAUUGACUGUGCCAAUAGUUCUAUUCCCGAUCCGUACAUCAGUUACUACACUUUUAUUCCACAGAAGGCCUUUUAGUUGGAUAAGACACUUCAUUAUUGCUGCAAUCAUCCUUGCAUUUAAUAACCUCUUAGUCAUAUUUGUACCUACUAUUAGAGACAUCUUUGGAUUCAUAGGUGCCUCUGCUGCCACAAUGCUGAUCUUUAUACUUCCUGCUGCCUUUUAUCUCCGAAUUGUCAAGAAAGAGCCUUUCAGGUCACCUCAAAAGAUUGGAGCCCUGGUGUUCCUCAUUGUCGGCAUAAUCUUUAUGAUUGGGAGCAUGAGUCUAAUUGUCAUGGACUGGAUUUACAACUCUCCCGGUUCCAAUCAGCAUUAAUCUGGAAGAAAAGAGAACAUGCUUAGAUUUUCUUUCCUACUGGAGAUGGUCAGAUGCCAUCAUCAGGGGAGGAAAUAAAAAAAGACUUUUGACACAUAGAAGGGGACAUUCCUUCUAGUCAAUAGCUGCAAGAUUCCAAAGACUUUGCCACUAGGAGGAACCUAUGGAAUAUUAAAGCACCCUUUAAUAAAGGAUCAUUAUUUAUGCAUCAAAGCCUAUGCCAAACUUAUCUGGGCCAGCUUGGGAUAAAAAUGUGUGCUGGGGGAUGCACAGAACUAAUGUUGUAUAUCAUUCAUUGUAUAUAGUCCUCAAAACAGACUGUUACCGUUGUUUUAAUAACUACAGUUUCUAGAAUAUUGAAAGACAAUGGAGCUGUUCGAAAGUUACCCUAGUGCCUUUUAAACUUGUCUGUGGGUAUGGUUUAUUAUUUAAUAUAUUAUACCCUAUUUCGAAAAAGAGGCUGGGAUAUUUAUAAGUUGCUGAAAAGCUGAGAUCCUCAAAAUCUCAACACUUGCCAAAUGGAGGCAUGUAUAUAUGUAUGUAUAGUGUAUAUACACAGAAAAGGGAAGAGGAAAUAAAUGAAACAAUUGUUGUUUUAAAUGGUUGUCCAUAAGGUUAAGAAGUACAAUCAAAUCAGGAUUCAUAAACUAGGUGUAAGCACCAACUUUUGUAAGUAUUUUACUUGUUAAGCUAUAAAUUAUAUUAAAGGGUGAUUUCAGGAAUGCCUACUCUUGAAGGUGCACCAGUGUGAUAUAUUCUUUGUCAUACUAAUUUUCAGCAGUCUUUCAAAUCUAAACUUUGUCUCUUACGAGAAUUGGCUGCCGUUGAUUUCUGUGGGACUUAACAGGCCCACCACUCUCAGUAGGUUGCAGCUGUGGUGAGUAAAAAGUAGCCCUGCCAAUAAAAUCAUGUCUUGUCAUAGGUGACUUUCAAAUUGACAGUGCUGAACUCAGAAGAGGAAAUUAAUCUUGGCCAACCACUCAGUAAGCCCUACUGUUUAAUGCUACAAAAUACAACUUUGAACCUACCUGUUGCAUUCAUAGCUAUAAAACUAGCACUUGGGGUCACUCCAUGGGCCCAUAGACUGUUGAAAAUAGUCUCUUCAAAAGUAAUCUCUGUCCCAGCUGUAAAAUUUAGAAGUAUUUAUAUGGGUGAGAGUCAUACUGAAAGCUUCCACUCUCCUGCCAGAUGUUCCUAGUGGCCACUAGGUGAGGAGUGGAACCCUCAACAUGGCAAUUGCAAUCGAGUGAUAAGCACAUCUAAUCUUUAGAACUAGAAUCGGCUCACAUGUCAGAGGGAGACUGGUUUGGAUUGGAUUAUUAUAAACACCACCCUGAAGCCGCCUUCUGCAAAUGUAAUUCUGUUUUGAUCUAAGGUACUGAACAAGCCGGAUUUUUGUUUGUAAAUUGUCUUCCACUAAUAACUCAGAUGGCUGUAAGGAGAUCACAAUGAAUGUGAGAGCACCCAAACCAGUAUUGUUUAAUGCAUUUUUAUUUGAUAAAAUGCUCAGUGCAGGAAACUGUGGUCCUUGCUAUAUAUGUACUAUAUAAAUAUUUAUGUAUAUAAUCUUAUUCACUAUCAAAUGUUCCUGUAAGAUACAAUGCUUUGAUUUUUAUAUAUCUAUUUGUGUAGUUGUUGCAUUCAUAGUCACAAGCUUUAAUACCACUUUGAAGAGGCAAAGAGUUGUUUGGGUGGGCUUGAAAAAGUUCACUUUACAUUUCAGUGCUUGAAAUUUAUCUGUGAAUGUCCAAGAAGUUAUGCAAGUAGAAUGAGACAGUCAAAUGUUACUAAAGCCAGUUUCAAUAAACUUCAAGAAUUCAGGUUUA